GCACUGCACACAGGUAGCAACCUUGAUUGUUGAACGUUAAUGAUGAACGUACUUCUCCUCAUUUGCCUCUUGCUUGUCGUUGAGUCAUGGGCCGUGCCCAAAGCCGUCCCAGCACCAAGACAUCCUUCCGAGGAUCUGAUCAAUGGCGCCCUAGCACCAAGACAUCCUUCCGAGGAUCUGAUCAAGGCCGCUAAAGAGGUAGAACAGCUGUCCCAGGAUAGUAGGAUAUUCGGAGGCUCGGAUGGCCAAAUAAGUGAAAAUCCUUGGCAGGUGUCAAUCCGAUCUUGGAACUCCCAUAUAUGUGGAGGUGUCAUCCUUGAUGAAACUACUGUCCUGACCGCUGCCCAUUGUCUAGGGAAUGCUGCUCGGACUUACAGCAUACGGUACGGUAGUGGAGCAUUAGCGACUGGUUACAGUGUCAGUGUUACUUCUACCAAGCUGCAUGAAAACUAUGGUGUUGGCUCUGGAGGAUUCCCGAACGAUAUUGCAAUAAUGAAGGUACAAGCAAUGAACUUUAACGGGAACGCACAGCCAAUCAGUUUGACACAGCGUUCUAACAACGACCUAGCAGAAGGAGCAUUGUGUAGGAUUACCGGCUGGGGUAACACUAACGGCGGUACUAGCAGUAUUCCGGACAAUCUGCAGGAGGCCGAAAUGAGCGUUAUAACUGACUCGGCGUGCGAGGGACAAUGGGGGAGCAACAUAUGCCGAUCUUGUCACGUUUGUGUCUACGGCGACGGAGAGCGCAGUGCAUGUAACGGAGACAGCGGAGGACCUUUAGUCUGUAAAAAUAAUGCAAGCGACCAGUGGGAACUAGUCGGAGUGACGUCAUGGGGUGCUACCAACUGUCCACCAGGAUAUCCAUCUGUAUAUACAGAGGUCCGAUCCUACGCCGACUGGAUCAACACCAACAAGUGAUAUGUUCGUGUUGGCCAGCCUUUACUCAACUUUAUGUAAUUUUAUUCAAGACCAAUAAAAUAUCUGAUGGCAAUU